AUGUCUCACGUGUUAAUCCCAUAUCACCAUCUACACUGUGCACGCCAUGUCAACGUGAACUUGAGACUGGAAUUCGACCGACUGGAGAAAUUUUCAAGAAAUUUAUUUCUUACUUCCUUAUUACUUACUGGUAGAAAUGCUUAUGCUCCGAGCUUAAAUUACAUUUCAAGUGAUGACGAAGCGCAUUUUGUUAAAGAUUUUUAUUUCAUGAGUUAUCACACGACAGUCAUAACUUCAAAAUAA